AUGGCGGCGGCGCCAGCAGCCGAGUCCCGUCGACUCCCGGCGGCGGAGAACGUGGCCACGCCCCCCGCGCGCCAGCUCCCACCUCACCCCGCGCGCCCAUUGGCCGGGGCGCCCCAAUCCCAUUGGCCGGGAAACCUGCCGCUCCGCGCGCGCCGGAUGGGUGGGACCGCGUCAAGUCGCUCCCACAGGCGCUCGCGGCACCGCCCGGAGCCCAUUGAAGACCCGCCUCCACUGGUAGGGGAUUGGUUGGACUGUGAGACGGCCCGCCUCUGCUGGCAGAACCCUGACUACCAUGGCUUCGAUGCGGACCCCGUGGUGGACGUGUGGAACAUGCGUCUGGCCUUCUUCUUUGGGAUCUCCCUCUGCAUCGUGGUGGGCUCCACCUUCCUGCACUACCUGCCGGACCACGGCAUGCGGAAGUGGGCGCGCCGGGAGGCCGAGCGGACGGUGAAGGAGCGGGAGCGGCUGGGACUGCCCAUCCUGGACUCCAAUUACUUCGACCCCAGCAAGCUGGUGCUGCCGGACGAGGAGUGAGGGGGGCUGAGCCAACGCCCCCUGGCCCCCCCGGGGCUGUGUGAAUAAACCUGCUGAGCCACC